AUGUCUAGUAACAUAACAGACCUUGUUAAAUAUCCUGGCUUAGGUCGUAUUGGUCAUCCUAUAAGAAUUAAAGCAAACUUUUUCAAAAUAACCUUUCUAACCAACACGAAUAUCCAUCAUUAUGACCUUAUGAUUACCCCACAAGAGAGUUUUUCCCAAUUUGAAGCCCUAUAUGCUGGUGAUGUAAAACUUGUUUUCGAUGGCCAUAAGAAUAUUUUUACCUCUAGACCGUUAACUUUUGGCGAUAAUUCCACUUUCAAUAUAAGUCUUCAAAACAAUAGUCGACAAUAUACUUUUGAGCUCAUCAUUAAGAAGGUCGCUGUAAUUAAUAUGAAUGACCUUCAUAGAUUCAUUUAUGGAAAUUGA